GUGGAAGUGAGCUCAUCGGCUUAGUUUGCUGUGGAUGGUCCACAGGUUUCGACGAUGUGGCUCCCCCAGAAUUAUCUAGUGCUGAUCAGCUGCUGCUGCCUGAUGCUCACGGCCACAGCGCAGGUUCUCAUAACACCCCGAGAAUGCCCGGAAAACGAGACCUUCCUGGCCUGUGGUCCCAGCUGCCAGACGGAAUGUGCUACGCUGGGAAAACCCUGCCUGAUUAACCACAUUCGGUGUCCCGAUGGAUGCUACUGCAACAAGGGGUUCGCCAGGAACCCCGGGGGCAGGUGCAUUCCCCUCGACAAGUGCAACAAAGGCGGUUACGGAAAGUAGAUCGGGUAUCGAGAAUCAGCUAAUUGAAAACAACUCAAACACUGGAAACUGGAAGACAAUGGAACUCAAUGGGAUGAUCGCGUCAUUGUUUAUGGCAGUGAUAAUGAUAAUUGGGCCGCAGCGUGACUUGAACUAAUGAAUCGGAAUAAACGCGGCAUCUGGUUUUGCAUUUCGGAAUCUAAAUGGGAGUUCAAACUGGAAUCUCCACAGGUGUUUUUAAUAUAUCGUUUUCUUACAUUUACUGUUUUGGUUUAUCGUUUAAUAAUUUUGUUGUACUAUUCCAUAAGCUUUUAUGAUCAAAGUUUAAGCUGGGAUGUCAAGAAUAAUCAAGAGAGCAA